CGCGAAGCCGCCCGGUGACUCGACAUGCCCAAUUCAACACUUUGACGUGCAUCACGACCGUCUCCGCGCGCGCUUUUAUUCCUUGGCUUCCUGUUUCUCCGCUCACGGAUGCCAGAGCACUCGACGCUCCCCGUCGCCCGCUGACGGCCAUGCUGCCCUUUGACUCGAUCGCGGUGCUCGCGCUGACCGCAGAGAUGUUCUUCCUUGGGCUGUACACGGUUCUCUGGGUCCGGCAUGUGAUGGUGAUGGUGGGGAAGGGCUUCAGCAGUCGGAAACACAGCAUCUUCCUCGCGCUGUCGACCACGAUGUACGUGUCAGCGGUCCUGCACGCUGGUCUGCUGGCAUACCGUGUGCUGUACGGGCUCGGCCUCACUCCCGAAGCUGCUGAGCGGCAACACUGGUGGACGGACCUCACAGGCUGGCACAUCCGGAUGAUCAGCGCGCUUCAAUUUACGCAAGUCGUCAUCGGCGAUCUCAUCCAGGCCUUCCGCACUUACGUCGCCUGGAGUUUCAACCUCUGGGUCGUCAUCCUCCCCUUCCCCUUCUUCCUCACCGGUGUCGUCACCACCAUCCUCUCCUUCAUCCCUGCGCACCCCACCCCUUACCUCCAGCUCCUCCUUCGCAUCGGCCUCCCCUCUUCCCUCACGUACAACCUCACCAUGAGCGCGCUCCUCAUCUGGCGCUUGACACGCGCGCAUGCCGAGUCCGCGCGAGCCGGUGUGCGUGAUGCGACGCGCCCUCCCGUCCUCCUCCGCAUCGCGCGCGUCGUUGCCGAGACAGGCGCGCUCUACGUCUGCGCCUACGCGAUCUUCAUCGCUCUCGACUUCGCGGGCCGCCUCGAGAUGUUUGUCGUGCAGGCGGCGCUGAUGCCGAUAGGAGGCAUGACAUUCUCCCUCAUGUCGAUCCGACUGUACGGCAUCGUGGACGAGGAGCCGGAAUCGUCGUGGAGUUGGCCUUCCUGGACGACGUGGUCGAAGACGGAGACGUUCCCUGGGGACAGCGACGGGCCUUAUCCACCCGAUGUGGAGAGGGCCAUCUCCAGACAUCGCGACCGAACGUUCUCUGGCGACCGGGAGCGCAGAUUGUCGGGCGCUGGAGAGCUUUCAUAUUCCGGUCAUGGCGAGAGGAUACUUACAGGGGACUGCGAACGGACACUUUCCGGAGAGCAAGCGCGGACAUUAUCGUUGGAGAGGGCCCAUACGCACGGCUCUUCGCAGAGUACCUUGCAACGGACAUCGCAGCAUACCUUGCCACGGACAUUGCAGAGUACUUUAUCGCCGGAUGCUGUUGUACAAAGAUAAUAAUAGAGCAAUCCUUACUGGCUGUAGGUUUCCAGAACUCGCUUUCAGACGCC